AUGAAACAAAUAGCAGCAGCUCUAUUUGCAAAUUCGCCUUUUACUGAAGGAAAGCCAAAUGGUUACCUCAGCAUUAGAAGUCAAAUCUGGAGUGAUACUGAUAAUGAUCGUACGAGCAUGUUUCCAUUUGUUUUUGAUGACUCUUUUGGCUUGCUUAGAAAAUCCAGUCCUAUUAUUGUGAACAUUUCAAUCUAUCAGAUCCUUGUGAGAAAUCAUCCUUUCUUGUGUCUGCUGUAUGUUGACUAUGCUCUUGAUGUUCCAACGUAUUUUGUAUAUCGGAAAAAGAACUACAUUGACUGCACCGGGAUGACAUCCAGGGAUUUUAUGGCCGGAAAACUUCCGUGUAUUCCUGGUGAACUGCCGACCCUUAAUGACUGGGAAAAUUGUUUGACAACAAUAUUUCCAGAGGUUCGACUUAAGAGGUACCUGGAGAUGAGAGGUGCUGAUGGAGGGACUUGGAGUUAUGUGCUUUGCCAGCCUUUGGUUGGUCCCACGUUGAUAUGCUGUCGAGCAUCUACGUGUAAUUAUAAACUGUAUAAUGAUUUCUCAAGCAUCUCUUUUUCCACAUUGCUAUUACGGCCAUUUAGGAUGUGUGUGGGUUUGUUAAAUGAUGAGGUCUCACUCCAGAAUAUUCUAGACAUGACAGCUGAUUGGACCACUGAAGAGAGAGAAAUAUUGAGAAAUAAGCUUUUGCUUUGUCCUUUAUGCAGUGCUAAGACUGCAGGUCUAAGUUCAAAGAUCUGUUUAGUAGGUUCCAAAGACUGGUUUAAAGGCACCAUUUCGGUAUGGGUUCUUGCAGCAUGUAGCAGAAGAUGUCUGAGAAGAUUGAUAGUCAUGAUGAAUAAAAAAUUUGUGGCAGGUGUAACACCAGCUGAGAAGCUUUUGGAUUUGUAUCAUGGGAAGUGGGGAGAAUCUGUUGACCCCGUUUUUGAAUAG